AUGAACUGGACUUUGAACUGGGUGGUUUCAAGUGUGAACUGGUUCAACAGGGAGGAGAAGCAUGAGAACAAGGAGCGGUCAGACUCCUUUUUCACCUGGACGAGCAGAAGGAAGGAAAAUGAGCAGCACAGACUGAGAGCAGAGUCUCCAGGGUCCAGCUGUCUGUCUCUGAAGAGUGACAUGUCCAAAGAUUAUCCUCUACACUUCAGUAAUGAACCUGGACCCUCACACACAAUAUUAUCCUCUACACUUCAAUAUCAGGACCACAGACUGAGAGCAGAGUCUCCAGGGUCCAGCUGUCUGUCUCUGAAGAGUGACAUGUCCAAAGAUUAUCCUCUACACUUCAGUAAUGAACCUGGACCCUCACACACAGAGGAGAGGAAGAGGAGUCAUGUUUCUGAGGAGGAGCAGUCGUCCUGCUGUGCUUUGUGUAAGGACGUCCUGAAGGAUCCAGUCGCCACCAUCUGUGGACACUGGUUCUGCAGACAGUGCAUCACCUCAUACUGGGACCAGUCUGGCUCUUCAGGAGACUCCUCCUGUCCCCAGUGUGGACAAAGAUCCAGAACAGGAGCUGGAGGUCAGACAGCCGGUCAGAGCAGCACUGUACAUGUUGUUUCUUGUGUUUCAGCAGAUCCUGGUCUGCAGGAGGGUUUAGAUGAACAUAAGUUCAGUGUGAGAAGGAUAUGUGAACAUGUGACUGAAGGAAGUGAUGAAACAGGAAGUAGAACCCUCCUCAACAGGAUCUACAUUGAUCUCUACAUCACAGAGGGACAGAGUGAAGAGGUUAAUAUGCAUCAUGAGGUGAGGCAGCUUGAGACAUCUUCCAAGAUGAAGAGCCUCCACGACACUCCCAUCAAGUGUCACGACAUCUUUAAAGCCUCCCCUGACCAGCAGAGCAGCAUCAGAGUCGUCCUGACCAACGGCGUCGCUGGCGUAGGAAAAACCUUCUUGGUGCAGAAGUUCACUCUGGACUGGGCAGAGGGUUUAGAAAACCAAGAUGUGGGUCUGCUGACUGUGCUUUCGUUCAGGGAGCUGAACCUGGUGAAGGACCAGCAGCACAGUCUUCUCACGCUGCUCCGUGUUUUCCAUCCAGCGUUACAGAAGCUCACGGCAGAGACGCUUGCUGUCUGUAAACCUUUGUUCAUCUUUGACGGCCUGGAUGAAAGCAGACCUUCUCUGGACUUCAACAACAGGGAGCUUGUAUCUGAUGUCACACAGAGGUCAUCAGUCAACGUGCUGCUGACAAACCUCAUCCGGGGGAAUCUGCUUCCCUCGGCUCUCGUGUGGAUAACCUCCAGACCUGCAGCGGCCAAUCAGAUCUCUCCUGCAUAUGUCGACAGGGUCACAGAGGUACGAGGCUUCACUAACGCCCAGAAGGAGGAGUACUUCAUGAGGAGAUUCAGUGAUGAAGAGCUGUGCAGCAGAAUCAUCUCACACAUCAAGACGUCCAGGAGCCUCCACAUCAUGUGUCAAAUCCCAGUCUUCUGCUGGAUCAGUGCUACAGUUCUGGAGCACAUGUUGACCACAGACCAGAGAGGAGAGCUGCCCAAGACCCUGACUGACCUGUACUCACACUUCUUGCUGGUUCAGACAAAGAGGAAGAACAACAAGUACUCUGAGGGACAUGAGACGACUCCACAGCAGCUGACGGAGGCUGACAGGGACGUUCUGCUGAAGCUGGGGAGGCUGGCACUUAAACAUCUGGAGGAAGGAAACAUCAUGUUCUACCAAGAAGACCUGGAGCGGUGUGGUCUUAAUGUCACAGAGGCCUCGGUGUACUCAGGAGUUUGUACUGAGAUCUUCAGAAGAGAGUGUGUGAUCUUCCAGAAAUCAGUCUACUGCUUUGUUCAUCUGAGCGUUCAGGAGUUUCUGGCUGCAGUCUACAUGUUCCACUGUUACACCGAGAGGAACACAGAAGAACUCAACAACUUCUUGAGAACAGAUGUGGACACAGACAGUACCUUCUCCCUGGAUGACUUCCUGGAGAGAACCAUGGAGAAAUCCCUCACCAGUACAAAUGGUCAUCUGGACCUGUUUGUUCGCUUCCUUCACGGCCUCAGUCUGGAGUCCAACCAGAGAGUCUUAGGAGGCCUGCUGGGUCAGACAGAGAACAAUCCAGAGAUCAUCCAGAGAGUCAUCAACAACCUGAAGGAGAUGGAGAGUUAUAAAAUUUCUCCUGACAGAAGCAUCAACAUCUUCCACUGUCUGACUGAGAUGAACGACCACUCAGUUCAUCAGCAGAUGCAACAGUUCCUGACGUCAGAGAACAGAUCAGAGGAGAAACUCUCUGAGAUCCACUGCUCAGCUCUGGCCUACAUGCUGCAGAUGUCAGAGGAGGUUCUUGAUGAGUUGGACCUGGAGAAGUUCAACACAUCAGACAGGGGUCGACGAAGACUGAUCCCAGCUUUGAGGAACUGCAGGAAGGCUAAACUCUGUGAUUGUGGACUCUCAGAGACUCACUGGGAAGUCUUGGCCACAGCUCUGAAGUCAGACCCCUCACAUCUGAGAGAACUGGAUCUGAGUGACAACAACCUGCAGGAUUCAAGAGUGAAGCAGCUGUGUUCUGGACUGGAGAGUCCAAACUGUCGACUGGAGACUCUGAGGUUGAAUCACUGCAGACUGUCAGAGAUCAGCUGUUCUUAUCUGACUUCAGCUCUGAGGUCAAACCCCUCUCAUCUGAGAGAACUGGAUCUGAGCUACAACGACAACCUGCAGGACUCAGGAGUGAAGGAGCUGUGUGGUUUUCUACAGAGUCCAAACUGUCGACUGGAGACUCUGAGGUUGUGGGGCUGCAGUCUGUCAGAGAUCAGCUGUUCUUCUCUGGCUUCCCUGGAGCAGAACCCCUCACAUCUGAGAGAACUUGAUCUGAGGCUGAACGAAUUGCAGGAUUCAGGAGUGAAGCCACUGUGUUCUGGACUGGUGUGUCCAAACUGUCGAUUGGAGACUCUGAGGUUGUAUCAGUGCAGACUGUCAGAGAUCAGUUGUUCUUCUCUGGCUUCAGCGCUGAGGUCAAACCCCUCUAAUCUGAGAAAACUGGAUCUAAGCUUCAACGUCCUGCAGGACUCAGGAGUGAAGGAGCUGUGUGGCCUCCAGUCCAACUUGUUGACUGGAGGCUCUGAGCUGAGGUCAAACCCCUCUCAUCUAAGAGAACUGGAUCUGAGAGACAACAACCUGCAGGAAUCAGGAGUGAAGGACCUGCUUGAUCUAAUGCAGAGUUCAAUUGAGCUGGACCUCAGAAAGAUCUCCUAG